AUGCGCAAAUCAUCUUACGACCGCCAUGGCUCGGGAAGCACCCCCCAAACGUCUUACGUUGAGGGAUCUCGAACCCCUCAAGCCGGUCCUUCGCGUUCACGGCGCGCCCCGCAACCCUCGAAACCCCAGCCCCGUCCUCUCACAAUGGAGGAGUACGGCGAAGUUAUGAAUCCUGAACUCCCUUCGCACUCCUGGAUUCUUGUCCCUCGAAGCCAAUUGGGCCCCCAAGAAAUACCACCGCACUCCGAGUUCUAUCAUGGACUUGUCCGCAACCUGCCCGCAGUAUAUACUGUACUCAAUGGCAAUCGAGAAUUCAUGACAAAGAUCCCUCGAGACUUAAAAGCUCCUUCAUCCCCCGAAACGCUCGACGGAGAACUUCACCAGACAGCUUGGGUCGACCUCGAAAUGCCUCAUCUUCUCUUCCUUCCACGCACCAACGUGUUCACGGGACCAUUGCUGCAAAGUUUGAAGAUGACCACACGGACGGUCCCAAUCGAGCGUCGUACCACUCAUGUCUUUUCGGUUGCCUCGCAAUCAAUGGUGUCGACUAGACAUUGGGUCAUGGCCGCUAAGCCUCUUAAAAGAUGGCUGCGAAUUGAGGCAUUCCUACAAAAAUGUCUUUUUUGGCUCGAAAGUCGAGUACGCGCGGCUGCUCCUCAUGACUAUCGUGGAGCGCGGCACCGUGCACCAGUGUUUUUUGGAUACAGUCAUCGCUAUGAAUCCGAGCACAAUUUGGUGACUGCUGUCCUUAAUUCACGCGACGCGUUUUUUCCGCUUCUGGCCACCAUCUCGCUGAGAAUCCUCACUCUCGACGCCGUGGCUCUCAAAUCCUCCAGCGCAGCUAAUCCAUGGCGAAAUGACUUGUUCACUGCAACAGGAAUUAAGCAACAAAUUUGGGACGAAUUGGAAAACAUUGUGACUCAAAUCGUAUCCGCGCCAGUCGGUGGCAUUAUCGACUUUUCGAAUUCAGCUGCCAUAAACAAGGGUGCCCUUAUUGUGCAUUUCGAGCCGUCGGAUGCCGACGUUGAACGGCUGAGGAAAGAGCUUUCGGGUCGGGACGCAUAUAUCGAGUGGUUGCUCGUGCGGAGCAAUAUUCGCCGAUGGGGUGUCCUUCCCAACCACGAUUGCGUCGUUGACGACCUGUCUCAUCAUCUUCCUGCGGCUCCAAAACCACCCGCCGUUGAGAGAGGCAGCGGCCAAAACCGGGGGGAAAACUGGGAUGCUUUUUUUGCCAGACGACGGAUAGACAAUGCGCUAAAGGAAGAGUUAGAACUCCAUUCGCAAAGAGAAGCGCGACUGCGACGAGAAAAUCUGGCUGCAAAGGGAGGAGGGAUUGGCAAAAGAGGUGCUCGUGUAUUUGUCUGGAGUGAUGAAGGGGGCGGGUUUUGGGUGCGCGAGCUUCGGAAUUACAGCUAUGCUGUCGAAAUAUGGAAUACAUUUUCCCCCGAGCAACGCAUCUACGAUGGCUUUUCAAACGAGUGGGAUCUCUGCGGAGCAAUCAAGUCGGCUGGAGAUUUAUCCUCCUUCAAUUACUUUGACGACGACGAUGACGACGACGACGCCAAUGACAAAAACAGUGGUCUAUAUAGUGACGUUGUCCAUCUCGUUGAAGAAACACGCGCCGUGGUAGUGAAAGAGACUACCAGUCUUACAGUAGCCACUCAAAAUCUUCUUCAAGAUAGCGUGGCAGUUGAGGAGGACGUGCAGACAUUCUUCGAGCAAGAAAUUCAAGUCGGCAACACAGACGAAGAUGAUCCAUCGCGCGUGAGCCAGCUCGACGAGAUUCAAAGUACCCUCGAACUCCGUUUUGGGCAUCAAUCGAUUGACGAGCCUUUUGACAAAGUGCUGGAUGAAAGGGACUGUCGCAGGGCUCUGGGGAACGGCAAAUCCACCAAGCCGCUUACGGCUUCUGCAAAAGCAUUGCUAUUGACUCUGGUUGAUGCUAAAAAACUGGACGAUAUCCCUGAGCAUCUUAUCGACAUUUGCCGAGCCGAUUCCAGAGCCACGCUGUGGGAAGAUCGAGGCGUUGACAUCAAGGAAGAGGGCCUUAUUUGCGGCGUCUAUCCAGUACAAUUGGAUCGGUUGGAUCGCACGAAGCCGACAUGA